AGAACUCCGGCUUACGUAAUAACAAAGGAUUCCUAUAAUCCCACCCCUAACUUAUAGAACUAGAAAGUAUAGAGCAGUUUUUCCUCAUUCCCUGGCAACUUUGAGAUGACCUCAACUUUCAGAAUUCCUUAGCCAACAAUUCUGAGAGUUGAAGUCCACACAACUUUAAAUCUGCCGAGAUUAAGAAUCACUGCUGUAGGGUGAUGUGCACUUUGUUCCUCUGCUUGAAAUUAAAAGCCGGUGUUUUUCACCUCCAUGUCGGACGGUCUUUUUUUUAUAUAUCAUUCCUAUUGAGCCCACAGUAAUAUCGCUCUGACCUUGACUCUUCUGUAGAAAUUGUCCAUUUUUUCGUUAAUCUUAAGAGUUAGGCCUAAAAAGCAUGAAAUGAAUUUCUUAAAAAAAAAAAGUCACCGACCUGCAAAAGCAGAAUCAUUUAAACCGGAAGUGCCGAAAUCAGAGCUGGGAUGGUACCUCCCAUUUUAGGGACCGUUUCCGCUGAAUUUCUCCGGGUGCCGGUUAUUUCCUUAGGACUUUGAGGAAGGCGCUCGAGUGUUAUUGUUGGCUUCUAAAUGAUGUAGUUAGGCUGGAAAUUUAGCUGGAAGAAGCGGCGUUCAAGGAAGCGCUGGAGAAAUAAAUGCAGUCUGUCAAAGCUGAAGAGAAAAGGAAGAUCUGUCUAAAAUAAUGCUUCAUCCAUAAUGAAGAAAUAAGGGUUCGCGGUCAAAAACUGAGAAGCUGGAUCCCAUUUAGUAAAAUCUGCUUGUGAAAUGAUCACUCUGUUGGGCACUUCGCGCCCUGUGAGGAACAUUUAACAUAAAAGAACAUUAUGAUAUGUACAACAGCUUUUGGUUUGCCUAUAUUAAUGAAAAGUGCCAAUAGAAUUCUUUCCUGCUAUUCUUCAUACUCGUGUCUAAGACUGGCAGCUAUAAGAUACUGCACAAUAAAUGGCAAAAUGAAAUCCAGAAGAAAGUCAGAUCAUCUGGAGAGAACAGCAAAUGACUUUCGACAUGAGAUUAUUUCUAAAGCAAAAGUGUGUGGCAUCAGCAAUGAAUCUGAAACAGUUAAAAGACUCCGUUUGGCAGUAACAGAUAAGGAAUUUACUUUUAAGGCAGGACAAUGGGUAGACUUCUUUAUACCUGGAGUUCCUGUUGUUGGUGGAUUCUCAAUAUGUUCGAGUCCUGGUAUGUUGGAAGAAGAGGGAAUAUUAGAACUUGCAGUAAAACAUACAUCACACCCACCUGCUCACUGGAUUCAUACUCAGUGUGCUCUUAAUUCAGAAGUGGCUUUGCGAGUUGGAGGCAACUUCUUUUAUGAUCCUCAGCCUGAAGACCUUCCAGCAAACAUUGUGCUCAUAGCAGGUGGAGUAGGCAUUAAUCCUUUAUUUUCUAUACUGCUCCACAUCACAGACCUUCACAGAAUUCAAGAGAAGAAAGGAAAUAGUUGCAAAGUGGGAAUAACCAAACUCUUUUAUUGUGCAAAAAAUGUACAUGAACUUCUGUUCAGGAAACAGAUUCUUGGCUUGACAAAUGCAUUUCCUGGAAAAAUCACAUGCAGUUUCCACAUUACCAAGCAGAAUUCACCAAUUUGUGAGAAAUUUUUGCCUUACAUCAAGGGAAGAUUAUCUGGAAGUGACCUAGAAAAAUGUAUCUCCAAGAAUACUUUGUGGUACAUUUGUGGACCACCUCCAAUGAUAGAAACUAUCUCCAAGCUGCUUGAAAACCUUGGGGUGGUUCAGAGCAAUAUUUUCUUUGAAAAGUGGUGGUAGCACAUCCAGCAGCUCUUCAGGCAAAAUAAAAAUGAAGAUACAAUAUAUGCAUGUUUGCUGAUGAACACUAAAAGUUUACACAAAGUAAACUUUUUCCAUUGUGGAAAUAAAAUAAUUCAUAAUGAAAUUAUAAAAUGUAUUUUUAACAAUCGAUUUGGAAAAACAAAUAGGAAACAUUUUAAAUUUGUACAUGUACUGAACAGUGACAAUUUCUAAAAAUAAAAUAUUUUAUUAAAUAUUUUAUUAACUUUGGUAUGUAAUACAUAACUUUAUAAUUAAAUAUUAUGUAUGCAAUACUUCAUGGUAUAGGGAUAAGAGAAGAAGAAUGACUUGAAAUCUAAGCCGUUAUCUUUUAUGGGAAGGGCAAACUUAACAUAAAAACAUGGAAUUCAUCUAUCCAUUUCCAGUCUACCUUGUAUUUCUAUUGAAGGCUGUUUGAAAAGUAAAAGAUGUUGCUUUUGAAGUUUCUUGUAUCUUCAGGAAAGAGAAUUUGCACAAUCUUAUUAGCAAACAAAGUUCUGAAUGUACAUUUCAGUAAUUAGAUUGGAUCUGAAAUUAAUUGUGCUGGGGUAGAACCACUAAAAUCAAUGUAAUGAGCUGAGCAAAUCAUGAAUAAAUGAAGUGCUAUUGAUUUCCAGUGGUUUACUCAAAA